AUGGAAAGAAAAGUAAGCAGAAUCUGUCUUGCUUCUGAACCUGAUAUAAAUCAUUUUCUACAAGUUGCUUGGGAGAAAACACUAGGAUCUGGUUUUGUUAUUACACUUACUGAUGGGCAGUCAGCAUGGACUGGGACAGUUUGUGAAUCAGAGAUUUCCCAAGAAGCUGAUGACAUGGCAAUGGAAAAAGAGAAAUAUGUUGAUGAACUGAGAAAAGCAUUGGUGUCAGGAGCAGGACCAACUGACACAUACAAGUUUAAUUUUUCUAAAGAGUCUUGUCACUUCUCCUUUGAGAAAAACUUGAAAGAUGUUUCAUUCAGGCUUGGUUCCUUCAACCUAGAGAAAAUUGCAAGCCCAGCUGAGGUCAUUAGAGAACUUAUUUGUCACUGCCUGGACACCAUUGCAGAAAGCCAAGCCAAAAAUGAGCACCUGCAGAAAGAAAAUGAAAGGCUUCUGAGAGAUUGGAAUGAUGUUCAAGAACGCUUUGAAAAAUGUGUGAGUGCUAAGGAAGCUGUAGAGACUGAUCUUUAUAAACGGUUCAUUCUGGUGCUGAAUGAGAAGAAAGCAAAGAUCAGAAGCUUACAUAAAUUGUUAAAUGAAGUUCAAGAACUGGAAAAGAACAUCGAACAUAAGAUGGAAACUCCAACAUGUUCUGAAAUGACUACUCACAGAGAUGCAAUCUAUGAUGAAAGUACUGAUGAGGACAGUGAAAUCCCAUCUAGUCCUUCUGUGUUAACUCCAGCUACUGUAAGAAGAGAUGAUUCCAUUAUUUCAAGUCCUGAUAUCCCUGAUAUUGCACCAAGUAGAAAGAGGAGGCAGCGGAUGCAAAAAAAUCUGGGGACAGAACCUAAAAUGGCCUCUCAGGAGCAACAGCUUCAAGAAAAGGAAAAGCUUGAUCCUCCACUACCUGAGAUGCCGAAAAAGGAUCAUGGCUCAGCUGAAAACGUGUCCUUAGAAACUCUAAGAAAUAGUAGUCCAGGAGACCUCUUUGAUGAGAUUUAA